AUGCAUUCCCACCUCCACACCGCACAAAAUGCCAACUGCGAAGCCAUCAUGACGGCUCUCGACGAGUGCCACGCCCGCGGGUUCCUUCACAAGGCGCUGGGGAACUGCAACGACAUCAAGCGCGACGUCAACAAGUGUCUCGCGGAAGAGCGGUACCAGCACGCUAAGGAGAACCGGAACGAGGCGCGCAAUAACCGGAAGCGCAUCGAGAAGAUCUGGGCUGAGGAGAGGGCGUUGGAGCAGGGUAUUUCGCUUAAUGCGGAGGCUAAGCAGUAG